AACAACAUCAACAAAUAAGGAGAAGAACCAAAGAAGCAGAAAAAAGAAAUGUUGAACAGGAUCCUCACACGCUCUGUUCGUACGAGACUCCCUGGAGUUGUUCCUCUCGUACGUCCAUUCUCUUGUACCUCUAGUAUUCUCAAGCCUUCAUUGGCUGCCGCCGGUACUGUUGAAUCCACAUAUCCCCAAGGUUUCCGUAUCCCAGCACCAAAGACAUGGGAAGAAUCUAGUGAGAGCGCCAUUGACAAGGCGAUGAAGUUCUUCUUGCUGUCCGAGAUGUUGCGUGGUAUGUACAUUGUGUUAGAAAUGUACUUCCGUGCUCCAUACACUAUUUACUACCCCUUUGAAAAAGGUCCAAUCUCCCCAAGAUUCCGUGGUGAGCACGCGUUGAGACGUUACCCAUCCGGUGAAGAGAGAUGUAUUGCUUGUAAGUUGUGUGAAGCCAUCUGUCCAGCACAAGCCAUCACCAUCGAGGCUGAGGAGAGACUCGACGGUUCCAGAAGAACUUACAAGUAUGACAUUGACAUGACAAAGUGUAUUUAUUGUGGUUUGUGCCAGGAGUCCUGUCCUGUGGACGCCAUUGUCGAGACUCCUAACGUUGAGUACUCAACCGAAACUAGAGAAGAGUUGCUCUACAAUAAGGAAAAGUUGUUGGCCAAUGGUGACAAAUGGGAACAAGAGAUUCAGUACUGUUUGGAUUACGACACUCCGUACCGUUAAGGGACUUACCAGCAUGACUUGAUAUUUAUUAUAACACCACUUAUUUAUUUUCCCACAUUCAUCGUCCAUAUGACUGUGUGUGUUUUCCUCUUUUUUAUAUUUAUAUAUAUAUAACAGAGGGCCUUGAUUCUCUCGUUCUAUUUAUUACAGCAAAAUACAAAUCACUAUUAUACUACCUAGUCUCGCUUAU